UUUCAUUUACCAAUUAACAUUUGUGCUUGUGUGUGCUGUUUGCAGGCAGUCCCAGAGUUUUUAAAUUAUUACAAUUAUCGAAAAUCAUUCAAUUAUACGGCUCACGAGCACGAAAACUAUUGCAAAAAGUUCUAUGACCCUAUUGUGAUCGCAAGAUGGUUCGAAAAACAACAAGAGCAGCAACUCUAAAAGCCAAAUCUGAAUCGUUAAGAAGAUCACAACGGAGAAGAUCCAGUUCGAAAAGUGAAGAUUCUGACGACAAUGAAAAGUUAUCAAAUAUAAAAAAGACAGUUAAAUCGCAAUCAGAAUCAGGUACGAAUUCCGACACCGAUUCCAAAAAGCCACUGAAAAAACGGACAAGAUCAAAAAAAAUAAGUGAAUCCAACAAGACAGAAAAAAUAAGUGAAUCUAAUGAAACAGUAACUGAAAAAACUGAUAAAAAAUCUAGUAACAGUAACGAACAACAAAAGGAUGCAGAAACGGAAGAGGUAAAUGAAAAAGGUAAGUCUAAAUCUAUAAAUAAUAAUAAAUCCAAUGACAAUGGACCAACCGAGAAUGACGAAACGAAUGCACAGGUGACAGAACAGUCACCAAAAGACGACAACAAUGCUGACGACCCAUCGGCUAAUAAUGACAAUAGUACAAUGGAUGCAUCUUUGUCGGAAAUUGUUGAUGUCAAUAUAUCUCAAAGUUUAGUGGCUGAAAUGACUUGUGAUGAUAGUAAUCAACAAUCUAAUGAUGGAGGAAAUGUUAUUACUGAACAACCAGUUAAAGCUGAUGAAGAAGUUGAAAUUAAAGAAAAACAAACAGAAGAAGUUAGCAUAGAAAAAUCUUCGAAAAAGGCUAUCAAGUUGAAGAGGCUAUCAAUUAAACCUGUUGUUGAAGAUAGCAAUAAUGAAAAUGAAAAAGAUGUGGAACCAGAAAAAAGCAAUGAAAAAGUUGAGAAAAUUCAAGAAAUAACCGAGAAGAUAGAAGAGAAAGUUCAGGAAGAAAAUGGAAAUGUUCACGAAAAAAAUCAAGAAAAAACUCCUACUGAACACCCCAAUGCUCCUCAACCAAAUGCAUGGGGCUCAUCAUAUGAAUCAAAAGAGGAUCCCGAAUCUAAAGAGGAUCCCGAAUCUAAAGAGGAUUCCGAAACAAAGGAGGUUCUCAAAUCAAAAGAGGUCUCUGAAUCAAAACAGGUCGCUGAACCAAAAGAAAACACUGCUUCUGAGAAAAAAACUCAAAGGAAAAGAAUAACUUUGAAACGUACAAAGGAUGAUUCAGUCUCUAGAACAAGUCAAGAUAAGGAUUCGGAUAGAAGAACUUCACUAGAGGACAAAAAGCAGGAUAGAAGAAAUUCACUAGAAGACAAAAAGCAGGAUCGAAGAACUUCACUAGAAGACAAAAAGCAGGAAAGAAGAAUUUCACUUGAGGAAAAAAAUAAGGAUAAGAAGGAUAGUAAUUUGGAAAGAAGCGUUUCUGUUCCAGAAAAACGUGUCAAGCGUCACUCUUCCACAAGUGACCAUAUUGUCAUUAAUGAUAGAAGGAGAAGAAGUACUACUAGUAUCAGUGAAGCAGAAAAGGAGAAAUCCAUCAGUGAAAGUGAAGAUAAACCUCAAAAAUCCAAAAAACCAACAAAAGUAGUAAAGCUUGUCAGGAACGUGCAAGAACUUUCACAAGAACCUCCGCCGCCAGGCGAAGAGCCAGGGAAAAAAUUCAAGUGGACAAAAAAAAUAGUUGUUGAUGACAUAAGAGUGUUUAGUUUUAACACUUUAAAAGAAAUAUGCCCCGAAGUCCAACUUUUAGAUGAGAGUGAAGUUAAUUUGGAAAUUCCCCCAGAAAAACCAAGACGCAAGACUUAUACCGAGUUAGAAGAAGAGGAAAUGGAGAACAUUGAAGCCGAAUUAAAUAGCGGCAAUUUAGAAAUGAAGGAAGCGAUGGGCAGGAAAAUUAGCAUUGUGGACGAUAUGGCUAGUAAACUGAAACCACCACCCAGUCCAGCAAAAAAUACAGUAUCUGAAGUUUUGUUUAUCACAAACUUGGUCAGACCUUUCACUGUGAAGCAGCUGAAGGAGCUAUUGGAACGGACGGGGAAGAUUAGGGAGGACGGAUUCUGGACGGACAAGAUCAAAUCGAAGUGUUAUGUUUGUUAUGAAACAGCAGAGGAAGCAGAGGCAACAAGGAACGCUCUACAUGGAGUACAUUGGCCCGUUGGAAAUGGCAAGAAGUUGAUCAUCGAUUACGCCACCGUGAAGGAUUUGGACAAUGCCAAAACUCCAAUCGUCGUGCAGCGGAGAGAAAAAACUCCAGAAAAAGAAAACAGGAAAUUGGAGCCAAAAUCAGUAUUGCCAGAUGAACGAUAUGAGAGGAAACAUGUUAAGCGAGAUUGGGAAAAUGAAAAAGAUGAGGACAGUCAACGUAGACGUUCAAGAAGUAGGGAGCGAGGAGACAGAAAAACGAGUUGGAGAUCAUACACGCCUGAAGAUCAUCAAGCUAAAAAGCGCAGGCAAGAACCGCCCCCACAGAAAGCAAUGGACGACUUAUUUUUAAAAACCAAAGCAACGCCCAGUAUAUAUUGGCAACCUUUGUCCCCCGAAGAGAUAUCGCUUAAACAACAACAACGUCAGCAAAGACUCGAAGAAAACAAACGUCGAGUGGAAGAAAUCAGAAGCCGCGUCCCUGUUAAUCGCGGUGAACGACGAGACCGCAACUUUCGGAGACGUUAACUUCCGCAAUAAUGUUUCCUUUUUUUUGUAGAUAAAAUGCGGUUAUCGUGUGGCUCUUGCAAGCAUGAGAGAAUGAAUGAAAUUUUUUGUUUUUCUUAAUCAAUUCUCAUCUUCAGUUUCUUAUUGUUUUUUUUUUCUUUUUGAGCUAUAACUUUUUUUGAAAUGGCAUAAUUGGGGAUUUUAAUUUCUAAUUCUUUACAAUAACUUAGGGUAAGUAUCAAGUUAUAGCUCCUCGGAAAAAGGGUGAAUGUAAGGGCGAGACUGAGUCCAAUGUAACCUAAGAUUUUUAUAGGAUUUCAGUUUUUCUUCCCCCGGUGGAUUUUCGUCGAUGUUGGAGCUGCUUGGAACAAAAUUGCAGGUUUUUUGUUUCUAUUUAUUGUACUGUCGGGGUGAUUUUUUUACAUUGUCCGGUUUGCUCCCAUUAUUUUGUAAGGUAAAUAAUUAAUUAGAAAUGGUCAGAU